AUGGCCGUGUUAACGCAUCUGCUCGGCCUUGGCCUUGGCCUCAUCCAGCUCGCCGCCGCCGCAGGCAUUGACGACAGCCUGCCUUCGUAUCAUUAUGGUGCUCCUAUCCAGGUCGAGUGCAUGAACCGCAGCUCGGCACCGCCUCGAAAGCGCCUCGUCAUCGGCGACCCCCUGCCGCUCUCCUUCUCCGUCCGCUGGUUCCCGACGCCGGCGCUGCCCAAGACGGAGGGCACCGUCGAGUGGCAGGGCAUGGGCGGCCACAUUUACGCGAGCACCGUCUUUUACAGCAUCGUCAGCUUUGGCGCCGGCGUCACCGUGGCCGGCGCCUACUUCCUCGGCGUCGUGCUGCCCAAGAGGCUGAAGAACAGGACCCUCGGCGGCGCGACGCCGCUGGGCUACGGUGUCAAUGGGGUUGGCGUCGGGAACGGAUGGGGGUACUCCAAGACUUCGAAACGUCUCGACUGA